AUGAAUGGCGCAGCAUCCCGUGCUCUACUCCGCCUCCUCUCCCUCUUCCGCGACUCUGAUGCCCUUCGCCCUUCGCCCACGCCCAGGACCAUCACCAGUUUCCAGGGACUACAAGGUGUAGCCUUGCAACCUAAGAAAAUUAAAGCAUACGCGAAUGAAGGUGAACAGAUGACGAGCUUUAAUGAUUCUUUGACAAAUCUACAGGCUUUAAGCUCAUUUAGCCAACCAUCCCUUGGGAUUAAAGGAGAAAAAUCUUCACAAGAUGAGUACCGCGGCAUCCCGUGUGUACCACGCCUCCUCUCCGCCCUCCGCUCGCACGCCCACACGCCCACCCUCCGCUCGCACGCCUGCAAGCCCAUGUCCAGAAACAUCUCCGGCUUUCAGGGCAUGCAAGGUCUCGCCCAGCCCUGGGUGAUUGCUAAAAAUGAAACGAAUGAAGAGAUGGAGGACGAGGGAAUGAGCCUUCACCUGGAGGCUCUGCAGAAGUGGCAGGAGCAGGCUCAGGAGCUGCGAGAGAUAAGGGUCCUGACCGACGACUUCGUGAGGUCCGGUAUGCUUGACCACAGCUCAGAGGAGCAGGUCCAGGAGCUGCUGCAAACGCUGAAGGACGAGGACCUGCUGGACAUCCGCAGGGGCUGGGUUGCCUCAUCUAACUACUGAGGAGUUUUCACACGUCGUCCAACUGACAUUCACAACAUGCUCCUGAUGACACUAACCUGGAGUUUACCUGGAGAAAUUGUCGCAAAAACAUUUCUUAUAACAUUCAGAAUCUCUCCGUCAUUAUCUGGCUAUCGGAGCUUCACUUCUAUUGUAGAAUACAAGUCACAAUAUCGUGACUAGAAACAAUUCACAACUAACCUACUCACUAGACACGUAACUUUAAACAAUAAGUUCGGUUAGUUGUGAGGCUGCUUACUAAUAUCUAUAUUAAUGUGCUUGACAAGGGACUCAACACUCCCGCUGCAUUAUAUGUCUGUUUAUCUUGCUGUAUUUAUAUUGUCUGUUAAUUGUCCUGUUACUGUCAGUGGUGUUAGGACAAUUUCAUCAUUUUGCUAAUGAUAUCUUUAGUUUACAUUGGUAUAACAAUUCGUUUUAUCUGUGCCAGACCAACUCUGUGUGAUCAUUUUAACAGACUACUGUUAAAGCAUAACAAUGUUUUGUAAUUAAUACAACGAAAAUAAUAAAUUACACAAACUUAA